CAUUUAAAAUGAAACGAAAGCGUUGCGGUUCGGCUGUGUUCCAGAAAACAUGGCGUUACCCGUAGUUACCGUCGCUAGCAUGCUAGCAUGGGCACUCGCCCGGGGUUUGCUCACCGUUAUUAAUCAUAUUUACACGGCGGUGUUUGUUUAACAAUGUUUGGAGACGGUAGGUUCUGUUGGCGGGUUAGUUUAUGUGCUUUUCGUGUACAUUUCACGAGGACGUGGGUCGGUGUUUGCUAACAACACGAGCGUCGUUAGCUCGAGGAGGGCUAGGAGGCAACAACAAAGCAGGCGAAAAAGGAAAACCAUCACACCGAAAUCGUCAAAUUUCCUGGAGUCAAGAUGGCGAGAGAAAGGAAGUGCAUCCUCUGCGAGACGAUCCACGCCUCCAAGCAGGAGAUGAACGAACACAUGAGAAGCAUGCUGCACCAUCGCGAGCUGGAGAAACUCAAAGGCCGGGACUGCGGCCACCAGUGCCGGGUGUGCAAGGUCUCCCUGGUGAGCCUGACAGACUACGCCGGCCACAUCUCCAGCAGCGGGCACAAGCAGAACGUGGAGAAGGAGAUGAUGGCGCCCGCCGGCGUCGACCGCGACGAGGACUACUUUGACCAGACGCUGGUCGAGCUCAUUCACAAGAGGAAAGAGCAGAUACGCAAAGAAAAAGAGGCUGCUGCUGCUGCUAAGAAGGCCCAAGAGGCUGAAGAAGCAAAGAAAAGAGCGAUCCAGCAGAGGAUAAAGGAAGCCAAGGAACGCUACCAGGUAGACAAGGGCGCCCAGUCUUUGCCGUACGGCUUCGCUUGGAACCCCCAGCAAUACUCUUGGAAAAAUAUCCAGCACCAAGGCUUCCGAGCGGCUUCGCCCCAGUGGAACAGCAGCUGCAGCAACGGCUACAUGCGAGGAAAGAGCGCCACCUGGCACGCUCAGGCUCCCCCCAACCUCCAGAGGUGGGUGUCGGGCAACCUGCAGGGCAGCCGAUGCCACUCGCAGGAUGGCGUCCGGGGCCCCCAAGGAGCUUCGUUUUGCAACUCCGGUCGACUGCCCUGGCUCAGUAACCAGGGCAGCAGCUACGGCGUUUACGGCAGGAACAACGUUUCCCAGAGCGCAACAAAUAAUAGACCGGGGAGGUAUAACGGGACCUCUCAAAUUUACCCGCCACCGCCGCAGUUUUUUGCCAGGCCUGUGGGCAACCUUCAAAAGACGGCCAAGGAGAGUGGAGGACCCCAGAACGAAGGGAUGAUGACAACUAAUCAGGAGCCCUACGGCAAAGGGAGCUUCGGGAGCAACCCAAACCUGGACAAGCCCUGCCGCUGGUCUCCUUAUCCUGUCAGCAAGACGGUGGACUCGCUACCCAGUAAGGAUGCCGUGUCAAAUACAGAGGAACAGUGCACAAAAGGGCCUAAAAUCCAGCAAAAAUCAGAAGCGUUUAUUUCCACUGGGAAGGAAGUAAAGGAGAAGAGUAAAUGGAGCAACAAUGGGCCUCCUAACAGUCAAGCUGAAGUGAAUCCAAAGCCGCAAAGAAUCAGGACCCCUCCUAAUGGACCCCUGCCAUCGCGACAAGCACCAAAGCCUCCAGAAGCCUCCAAGAAGUCGUCGGUCCGGUCCGAAAGGAGGAGCUCUUUGGACAGCUCUCGGCUAUCAAUGCCCAGACACGCCGAGAGGGAGCCGGCCAAGGAUCUGGCGCAGGGUCCGAUUACGGACAACAAGGAAAACAGCUGCCAGCAGAACGCAGCUAAACCGAAAUCAAGCAACCCAGUGUGGAGUUCUCCGUCGUGCGUGUCCAACGAGAAGCUCGCCGCGUCCUCUUCUGAGAGCGUCCACUUCCUCCAGUCGCUGCAGGUCAGCACCUCAACCUCCGCCGCGAAGAAGACGCGGCCUGCGGCCUCAAAACACGAUGACCCGGCGAAUUCGAAGGAUGCUCUGACCUCGCAGCCUCUCACUGAGUCCGCGACAGCGGCGGAAGAUGAUCACAGUUCCGAAGGCGGGCCCUCCAGGUGGGACAAAACCUGUACCAAAGCGUCCACCCUGUCCAAGCUCGACCUGCCUCCUGUCCUGAAGCGCGACUUGACGAAGCGCAUCAGCACCAAGACAAAAACGGGCGGCCACGAACCCAACCUCCACAGCGCCAGACGGGUCCGUAACCUGAGCGGAUCGCGGCGGCCCGACAGCGAAAAGGACUCCGGGCUCAAGCCGACUGUCCAACAGCUCAUCAGCUCCUCCGGGUCCCGGCGGAAGGUCAACUGGGAUCAGGUGUACCAGGAGGUGCGCAAGAAGCAGGACAAGGGGAAAGGAUUGCCCAGAUUCGGCAUCGAAAUGGUAUCAAACGAGGACCACAGCCAGGAGGAGGACGACAUGGCAAUGCUGGAAAACCUCCCUUGGGAGUCCCUGAUGGAGACCGCCGCUCCCGCCGCAUCCCGCAAGCGUUCCCUCUCCGAAAGCAGUGUGGCUCCGGCGUCGGCGUUCUCGCUCCUCCCGUCCAAAGAGAGCCCCGCCGGGCCUGACGUGGAGACGUUUUUGGACCUCGCUGUCGAGGAAGCUCAAAAGCGAGCAGAUAAGGUGAUGUCGGAGAAGGCCGAGGCUCUCCAGAGAACGGACUGCAUGCAAGGGGAAAGCGGCUCCGGAGUCGAGCAGAUGGAAGGGCAGGGAACAGCGAAGAGGCGAAGAACUCCGGGGGAUGUUCUGAGUCCGGAGGUUUCAGGUGUGGAGCAAGAUACCAAAAGACGAAAGACCAAAUCCAAAACAGCGGAUCGGUUACAGAUCGACCAGCUUCUGGCCGUGUCGCUGCGGGAAGAAGAGCUGAGUCGCUCACUACAGACGGUGGAAACCAAGCUGGUCCAAGUGCGGGCGGCACUGGAGGCCGCCUACAUGGAGGUGCAGAGAGUCAUGGCGGCCAAACAACAGAUUACCACCGAGAUGAGCACACUACGAGAAAAACGCAUUGAGUUAUUAAAAGGGAUGCAAGCCGUCAGCACGGAAGUGGCUGGCGAUCCUCAGGUCCGACUGAAACACGAGAAGACAGAUCCCGCGGAACCAGAACCAGGCUCCGCGGCUCCAUUGUGCGCUCCUUCGACCGCUUCGGCUCCUGCUCGGAGUGCCCCACCGCCGCUGUCGUCGUUCUCAAGUGCCGUAACCAUCAAGGAGGAGCCCCAAUCCCCCGUUCUCGUCAGCUGCGAGUCAGAACAUUUGGAGAACGAAAAGUGCCACGAGCCACGAGGCUCUGCAGAAAUAAAGCCCGAGCCGUUGCAUGAAGUUGAAGGAGAUGCCUGGAGUCUGUCAGGAUCGUUGGAGUCCACCGUAAAAAACGUUCAGGCCGCCUUUCUCCCCGACUCUAAAGCAGACGUAAACCUGCCGUCGGCCAGCAGCAGGAGGAGCUCUGAGACGGGCAGCCUGGCCGAGCGCCGCUCGCCCUCUCCCGCAUUCGAGACCCCGCGAGUGCCGAACACCUCGCCCGGCUCGCCCUCGGAGUUGCACGGCUGCAAGCGAGUGAGGAGGCUGAAGAAGAGGAAGGUGCUGGAAAAGGCUCACUGCGGCGCACGUCCGGAGAGCAGCGACACCGAGAUCGACAACGAGGCCUCCAGGCCCAGGUGGCUCCGAUCGCAGAGGAGGGCCAGCAGCAGCAGCGGCAGCACUUAUGUCAGCACGUCUACGCUAACGCGAGUGGGCGACGUGAAAAUGGAGGAAGAAGUCAAGCACGUAAAACAGGAAGCGGAAGAAAAGAUCGAAGUGGCCGCAGAGUUCCAGGAGCCCCUCGGGUCCACCUUGUUUUCCGCUGAAGCGCAGCAACUGAGCCUGGCCUGCAACGACGUCACCUCCACCAGCGACAUGGACGUCUGUAAAUCUUCUGACAGUGAAAUGUCAUUUCCAAAGAUCUCUUGGAGUCCUUCCUGCGCGGCGUCUGGCAUCUUCGAGGGCCACCAGGAGGCGGUGAACGACAUGCAGGUCCACGACGGUCUGCUGUACACGUGCUCGGGGGACCGCACCGUCAAAGCCUUCGACCUGCUGACGCACAACCGCGUCGCCGUCUUUUCCGGCCACACGUCCAAAGUGAGCUGCCUGCUGGUAUCGGCCGGCCGGUACGUGCAGGACCGCCUGUACUCGGGCUCCAGCGACCAGACCAUCCGCUGCUACAGUCUUAAGACGCGGGAAUUAGUGCAGCAGUUCCAUCUGGCAGAUCGGGUGCUGUGCUUUCACAGUCGAUGGAAGUUCCUGUACGCCGGUCUGGCCAACGGCACUGUCGUUUCUUUCGAUCUCAGGACUAACAGGCAACUGGACGUGUUCGAAUGCCACACCCCUCGAGCCGUCAGCUGCCUGGCCUCGUCGCAGGAGAGCUCCCGCCGCAUCCUGCUGGUGGGUUCGUACGACAGCACCAUCAGCGUGCGCGACGCCAAGACGGGACUACUGCUGCGAACGCUGCAGGGACACGCCAAGACCGUCCUCUGCAUGAAGGUAGUGAAAGACUUGGUGUUCAGCGGCUCCAGUGACCAGUCCGUCUAUGCACACAACAUCCACAGCGGCGAGCUGGUCGGUGCCUACAAGGGCCACAGUCACGCCGUCACCGUGGUAAAAGUCGUGGGGAAGGUGAUGGUGACCGCCUGCCUGGACAAGCAGGUCCGGGUCUACGACCUGCAGUCUCGAGAACAGCUCCAGGUGUACACCGGACAUUCGGACAUGGUGACCAGCAUGGUGGUGUACCAGAGCAAGAUCUACACUGGUUGCUACGACGGCAGCGUGCAGGCCGUCGAGCUCAACCUGACUCAGAACUACCGCUGCAGGUGGCACGGCUGCUCCCUGGUUUUUGGCGUCCUGGCGCACCUGCAGCGGCACGCGGUCGCCGACCACGCCGCCAACCAGCAGACGUUUCGAUGCCGCUGGAAGGACUGCGAGGAGGUUUUCUGCGCGCGCAAGGGCUCCAAGCAGGCGAUGUUCGCACACGUGCAGAAGCACGCCGACGAUGCCCAACCGGAGCUUUGAGUCCCCCCCCUGCCCCCACCUCCCGUCUCCCAUAUUGGGCGGAAGUUUGGGACCUUAGCGUUCCAUGUUGGAAUCCAACGCUUAAGUGUCUCCGUGUCCAUUUUUUUUCUACGUCCCCCCAGAAGAGUGCGGGGGCCGCUGCGACAACCUCGCCGCUCUGUCUUUUUGCACUGACCAAAAAUACGAAGACCUUUUUUUUUUUUUUUGUCGAGGAAACGUCAGCCGCCGCCGAGAGAGGGAACGCCGUGCUUCUGAAUCCUGCUUCCACGCUGUAUGGCAUGGGAAUGUUUUUAUUGCAGUGACGUGUCUUUGCGAGCAACUCCACCAUCAUUUUUAUUUUAUUUAUUUUUUUAAUAGAUAUGAGUUAAAAAUAGGCAGCACGGUGGAUCAGCUGGAAAGCGUUGGCCUCACUGUUCUGAGGUCCCGGGUUCAAUCCCAGACCCGCUUGUGCGGAGCUUGCAUGUUCUCCCCGUGCCUGCGUGGGUUUGCGCCGGGCACUCCGGUUUCCUCCCACAUCCCAAAAACAUGCAACAUGAAUUGGAGACUCUAAAUUGCCCCUAGGUGUGAUUGUGAGUGCGAUUGGCUGUUUGUCUCGACGUGCCCUGCAAUUGGCCGGCAACCAGUUCAGGGUGUACCCCGCCUCCUGCCCUUUGACAGCUGGGAUAGGCUCCAGCAUGGCCUGCGACCCUUAUGAGGAUAAGCGGCUGAGAAAAUGGAUGGAUGGGUUAAAAGUUAUUACUUUGAAGUGGAGGACUGGACAGGUUGCGUCUCAAUAGCAUAGUUUUUUUAUUUUACUUUUGGUAUCGUUGCAUAAUUUUUUUUGUUUAAGAUACUUUGUAAACACUUAAUAAACGUAUGAUAACCUAUCAAAGCUUCCAUAGAGUGACAGCCAUCUUGGCAAAUAGUGAGCACACAGCAAUGUUGCUGAACUCUGAGCAAAGGACACCGGCUUUGUUUAUAAAUUGGUCGUUACCUACUUUGUUGAUAACCUCCAAUGAAUCAUUGAUUAAGAGUGACAUUCAUCUCGCCCAAUAGCGAGCCCACAUUUUCCUAUCCUAGUUAAUUUUGAAUCAUCAGCACAACAUGUUAAGGAUUUAUGAAGAGUUAAAGAAGUAUAGGUCCAUCACAAUAAAUUCGUGGGAAACUUCAUUUUAUUAGAUAGUUCGAUUCAAAAAGUGACUCUGAGAUGUACAACACAGACUUAGAGUGAAAUGUUUUGAUUUUUUUUUUGUUUGUUUUGUUUUUUUUUUUGUUUUUGUUUUUUGUUGUUAUUUAAGGACAUUUGAGGGAUUUUGGUGCAGUGUCUCGUGGCUGUCUAUCACGUUUGUUUUUUGCGGUGAAAAAGAAAGGUGUUGGCGUGUAAUGUACGCGUGAACGUCUCGAGAUGUCAACACGGGCCGAAAAAAUUUAUUUUUGAAGAUGACAUCUUUGAGCUAACUUUAUAAUAUGAUUCUCGCCGUUUUGUUUAUCGACGUCCGAGGGCGGGAUACGUUGCGGCCAUGCAUUUUUUUUCUUACUUUCCAAUUUAUUUAUAGAGGAGCGUUGCGGCAAGAAGAGGAGGUGACUAGGUUUGUGUAGAGGAGGUGUUUGAUGGAGCAGCAGGAAGAAAUUAGGGAUUAAUCUCCCAUGCCAUAACCCCAAGCCCCACAUCCAAUUAAAAAAAAAAAAAAAAAGUCACGAUUAAUUGUAACCUCUCGGUCGCUCUCGUCGGGAUACGUUCUCUGUGAUGUUUUCAGCUGAAGUCAGAAGGAAGCAAAACACGGCGUUCACCUCCGGUCUAGCAUUACUGACUUCAAUCAUGUUACCUAUUUUGUUUUUUUUUAACUUUUCAAAGACAUUAAAUAAAAAUAAAUUUGCAACCGUA